AUUCCGUAACAAACGUUUCACAGCAGUAGACGCGUGCAGCGGACAAAAAUAAAAGCGGUCGACGAGAUAAAGCAAAUACAUAACUAAAGAAAAAGAAUAUUUAGCGAUUCGGAAGCACAACAGAACACACAAACUAAAGCGUAUUUCAAAACGAAAAACAAACAGAAACAAAAUAUAUAGUUGCAAAGAAAUUAAAAAAAAAAAACAAAGGCAAAGGCAAGUGUGAACGCUAUUUUUUUUUCUGUUAGCGACAAUAAACGCGUGCAAAAGUUACAAAGCGAGUCGUCUAAAACGCGCGACAUACAAAAUACACUGCGCACAAUAAAUAACAUAGUUGUAAAAAGGGAAAUCCAAAUAAAAAUAAAGUACUUUUUUUUUUGUCUGGUGUGAACAGUGCGUGUGACUACGGCGGCUUUUGAGAGAAGUGUGCAAGAUUCUUUGGGUGCAAAGCAAAUAUCGCAAAAACAAAAACAAAACAGAAGAAAUAGCAUAGCACAUAGCAUAGGAAGAGGGAAUAAAAGCAAAGCAAAGCAAAGCAAAAAGCAUGGAGCAACAUCAAGAGCAGCAGCUGAACGGCGCAAUGCGCAGCGUGUCUAUAAAUAGUAACGGACUAGCCACAAAACUCAAUGGCCACAUUGGUGGUGGCAGUGGCAGCGACGAGACGGACAAUGUGAGAGUGGGAUCGGCGGCAGCAGCAACAUUAUCAUCAUCAACAAUAACAACAGCUGAGAACGGCAGCGGCCGCAAUGUGACGAGUAAAACGACAAAUGCAGCAGCGACUGCGACUGCUGCUGCGACGACUGCAGCGGCAGCGACUGCGAUCAGCGCAAAUGCAAAUGCAAAUCAAAUACAAACAACAGCAGGCAGCAACGGCAACAUUGGCAGCGCGAGUGCAGCGGAUAAAAAGAAAAUGGUGUACGAGUUAUGUCAGCAGCUGUUGCUCACGGACGAACAGGUGCAGGAGCUCUGCUAUCGCAUAUUGCAUGAGCUGCGUCGUGGUCUGGCCAAGGAGACGCACCCGAAGGCGAAUGUGAAAUGCUUUGUUACCUACGUACAGGAUCUGCCCAAUGGCAAUGAGCGCGGCAAGUUCCUCGCCCUCGAUCUGGGCGGCACCAAUUUCCGUGUGCUGCUCAUCCAUCUGCAGGAGAACAACGAUUUCCAAAUGGAGUCCCGCAUCUAUGCGAUACCACAGCACAUUAUGAUCGGGUCAGGUCAGCAGCUGUUCGAUCACAUUGCCGAGUGCUUGUCCAACUUCAUGGCCGAGCAUCAUGUGUACGAGGAGCGGCUGCCGCUGGGCUUCACCUUCUCGUUCCCGCUGCGCCAGCUGGGCCUCACCAAGGGCCUGCUCGAGACCUGGACCAAGGGCUUCGACUGUGCCGGCGUCGUCAACGAGGAUGUGGUGCAGCUGCUCAAGGAUGCCAUUGCACGCCGCGGCGAUGUCCAGAUCGAUGUCUGUGCCAUAUUGAACGACACGACGGGCACGCUGAUGAGCUGCGCCUGGAAGAAUCACAACUGCAAGAUCGGCCUCAUUGUCGGCACGGGCUCCAAUGCCUGCUAUGUCGAGAAGGUGGAGGAGGCGGAGAUGUUCGAUGCGCCCGGCAAUACCAAGCCCCAUGUGCUCAUCAACACCGAGUGGGGCGCAUUUGGCGACAAUGGCGCGCUCGACUUUGUGCGCACCGAAUUCGACAAGGACAUCGAUAGCCACAGCAUCAAUCCCGGCAAGCAGACGUUCGAGAAAAUGAUCUCGGGCAUGUACAUGGGCGAGCUAGUGCGCCUGGUGCUCGCCAAGAUGACCAACAACGGCAUCCUCUUCAACGGCCAGGGCUCCGAGGUGCUCUUCACGCGCGGCCUCUUCUUCACCAAGUACGUGAGCGAGAUCGAGGCCGACGAGCCGGGCAACUUCACCAACUGCCGCCUGGUGCUGGAGGAGCUGGGCCUCUCCAAUGCCACCGACGGCGACUGCGCCAAUGUGCGCUACAUCUGUGAGUGCGUCUCGAAGCGUGCCGCCCAUCUGGUCUCCGCCGGCAUUGCCACGCUGAUCAACAAGAUGGACGAGCCGUAUGUGACGGUCGGCGUCGAUGGCAGCGUCUAUCGUUUCCAUCCCAAGUUCCACAACCUGAUGGUAGAGAAGAUCACGCAGCUGAUCAAGCCCGGCAUUCAAUUCGAUCUGAUGCUCUCCGAGGACGGCUCCGGCCGUGGUGCGGCGCUGGUGGCGGCUGUCGCCUGUCGCGAGGAUAUACUCAACAGCAAGUAAAGCUGAUUGAUUGGCAUCGAUCGAUUGGCAGAACGUCAUUGUUAUCGUUAAGCCGUUUAUCGUUUAUCGCUAAACGGUCAACGGUUUUGGAUUAGGCGUCGCAGUUGCUAAUGCUAAGCAAAUAAUUGAGUUAGUUCACUUUGCCACACCCCCCAUCCCGCACACAUCCCGCCUCCGCCUCCGCCUCCGCAUCUGCCUCCGCCUCCGCGUCAGCCUCAGUCACAGGCUCUGCCGCAGUCGCAGUCGCAGUCAGUCCCAGCCCAGAGAGCGCUGCUUUAAAAAAAUUAGGCAAACAACAACAAAUUAGACGGCAAUUGUUUAAUAAUUAUUACAUUUUUCUUUAGUUUUAAUUGCAUUGUAUUUGUUUGCAUGUUACGGCUUAAGCGCAGAUUCUCAACUAUUCUACACAUAUAGAAGCUACACAUAUAUGUGUGUGUAUAUAUAAUAACACUUGCAUAUAUGUAUGGCAGGUGUAUAUAGGGUUGAGCUGGCGCUAAAUAAAUUAUAAAUUAUUUAUACAAAUACAUAAAUUAAUUGAUGAAUUCAAAACUGUUAUAACAUAUAUGCAAAUUGUAUUUGUUAUGAAACCUUAAGAUUGGUAAUUGCCCCCUGCCCCUCGUAGUUAUAUUAUAUGAUAUGCUACAAGCAACGUCAUAUCCUUAGCCAGGACAACAAGACAAGAAGACACAAAAUUAAGCUAGCAAAUCGCAAAUGUUAAUGAAGAAAACAAAAAACAAACAAACA